GCGAGCGGAUGAUCUGGCCACAGACUGGAGUGGGCCGGGCGGCCUGGGGCUCGCGUGGGCCCUUGAUCGCGGUGGCAAAAGGGGAGCUGGGGCCGAGCUGACCGCGGCUGGGCCAGGAUCGGGGCCGAACGGGCCUAGGCAGCCGGGCCGAGUCGGUGGGGAGUAUCCGGAGCGCCCCUUAGGCCCCAGCGUCGCUCCACUGCUUCCCGGUCCUUCCUUGCCCGAGCCCUCCAGGCCUCCCGCCGCCGGCCGCAGCCCGGAAAUCCGCCCGGGCCUCCGGGCUCUCCUCCAGGAAGCCGGGUUUCCUGCUCUCUCUGCUCCGCUGUGCGCCCCUCCCGAGGCUCCACACCCAGGGUGCAGGGUGGAAGGAACUGGCAGUUGGAGUCCGGUGGGGUCCACGGAGUUUCCCUCCGUGAAGAAAGGGAGUUGACAGCCUCCGGGCGCAGGCCUGGCCUCGGGAACGGGUAUCUGGCCAGUGUCGUUUCCACCCAUCUACCAGCAUGGGGAAUAUCUUUGCAAACCUCUUCAAGGGCCUUUUUGGCAAAAAAGAAAUGCGCAUCCUCAUGGUGGGUCUUGAUGCCGCAGGAAAGACAACAAUUCUGUACAAACUGAAGCUGGGUGAAAUCGUGACCACUAUUCCCACCAUAGGUUUCAACGUGGAGACUGUUGAGUACAAGAACAUCAGCUUCACUGUGUGGGACGUGGGUGGCCAAGACAAGAUCCGACCGCUGUGGCGCCACUACUUCCAGAACACCCAAGGCUUGAUCUUCGUGGUGGACAGCAAUGACAGAGAGCGUGUGAAUGAGGCCCGUGAGGAGCUCAUGCGGAUGCUGGCUGAGGAUGAGCUCCGGGAUGCUGUCCUCCUGGUGUUUGCCAACAAGCAGGACCUUCCCAAUGCCAUGAACGCUGCUGAAAUCACAGACAAGCUGGGGCUGCACUCUCUACGCCACAGGAACUGGUACAUUCAGGCCACCUGUGCCACCAGUGGGGACGGGCUCUAUGAAGGACUGGACUGGCUGUCCAAUCAGCUCCGGAACCAGAAGUGAACCAGAACUCCCCCUCCCCCUCACUUCCUCCUCUCCGCCCUCCGCUUUCCUCUCAUGUGGCAAACGUGCGACUCUGUGGUCCUGAGUGCCAGAAGCUGUCUCCAUGGGUUGGUCACAGUGUGCAUCGCAUCAUGCUGUACAUGUGCAGACGCAGCCUGCAGCCAGGUUUUUAUUUAAUGUAAAUAGUUUCUGUUUCCACUGAGGCAGUUUCUGGUACUCCUAUGCAAUAUUACUCAGCUUUUUUUAUUGUAAAGAGAAUCAACUCACUGUCAGUACUGAGAAGGGAUUUGGGUGUUUGGGCACCUGGUCUCCAGGAGCCACUGAGCUAUAGAUCAGUGUCAGGAUCCAUUUGGUGGCUGGUUUUUAACCCAAACUCAGUGCAUUUUUUAAAAUAGUUAAAAAUACAAGAUAAGCAGAACACUUGAACACACAGAAGGGAGACUAUGCCUAGUGUAGGUUUUGCAGUAACCGCCUGAAUGCUAGUCCAUCAAAUCAGCUGUUCCUUAUGGAAUGGGAGAUACGGUGAUGAACAAACCAUUCGCUGCAUGGACACAGUAGAGCCCCUGUGACUCGCCUGUCUUUGGGUCACCUGCAUUCCAUAGCGUCGUGCUUGUACUCGUGCUCACGUGGUCACCUAGGGGCGGGUAGGGGCCAUCAUGGGGCUGCAGGGCACAGCCUCAUCCUUGGUGAGUGUGUGGCCAAGCGGCAGCCUGUGUUCCUAGCUCGCUCUUGCGCUUACUCUAAGCGCUGGCAGGAGGCCUGGGUCUCACCAGCAGAAGCGUGUGCAAGCUGGGAGGGUCAGUCCAUUCCAGACCCAAAGCCCUGGAGCACCCCCAUCUCCAUGUGUGAAAUAGCUUCCUCCCUCAGCCUGCAAGGGUCCGAUUUGCCAUCGAAAACGACGACCUCUACUUUUUUCUUUUGUAUUUUGAUAAACACUGAAGAAGUUGGAGCUGUUAAAUUUAUCUUGGGGAAACCUCAGAACUGGUUUAUUUGGUGUCGUGGAACCUCUUACUGCUUUCAAUACACGAUUAGUAAUCAACUGUUUUGUAUACUUGUUUUCAGUUUUCAUUUCAACAAGCACUGUAAUUAUAGCUAUUAGAAUAAAGUCUCAACUAUU